AUGGGUUACUUCAAUUCACACUUUUCUUAUUCCCUCGUUGUUCUGCCUCCCUCCUUGCGUGUGCAGCUGAUGGCAGCAGUGGUGGUGACAUUCGUUAGUGUCACCGGCAUCAUGACCACCCAUUCUUUGCCCAAUGUCUCACAUUCGAACCACUUGGUUCGAAUCCACUCGCCUCUCAACCACUCACUACCAAGCAGCACCGUGCACCAAGCCUUUCCACCCGCCCCUGCCGCCCCUCACUUGCCCACGCCCACACCACACCUGCUGUUCCCUUACAGCAACAACACCUCCUCCUCGUUCGCUCUCCUGUCCGACCCAGCGUCGGCCCACACCCUCCUUCUCCCCAUCAACACAUCACUCCUCCUCCCACCCCUCCUAUCCCUCUCCCUCCCCGCCCUCCCCUUUGUCUCCCACCACUUCUCCUCGUCGCAAGCUGAUGGGGCAUCAGCUCUCUGGCUCUCGCCAGCUGCUCGCCUGGCAGCAUGUCCCAACGCAUGGUCAGGCACAUGGUCAGGUGUUCUAUCAGGUGUUGCAACCAGUGCACGGGCACGUGAGUUGCUGAAGGGUCUCAGCAGCUUGCCAGCGAUGAGCAGCACGAUCGCCGCACUGCGGUGGCUGCUCUCGCUCGUGCUCUCCGCCCCUCGCCUCCUCUUCGGAGCUGCCGCGGCCACAACAGCAGCAGUCUCGCCUGGGCUGGUACGUGUAUCCGAAGCAGUCUCGCCUGGUCUGGUACGUGUAUCUGAAGCAGUCUCGCCUGGGCUGGUACGUGUAUCCGAAGCAGUCUCGCCUGGGCUGGUACGUGUAUCCGAAGCAGUCUCGCCUGGGCUGGUACGUGUAUCCGAAGCAGUGUCGCCUGGGCUGGUACGUGUAUCCGAAGCAGUCUCGCCUGGGCUGGUACGUGUAUCCGAAGCAGUGCUGUCUGCUCUGCUGCCAUCAGCACUGCUGCCGUUUGGACUCCUGCUGUCUCCCGUUGUUCUUGCACCCUGCACACUGUGUCGUGUCAUACUCGUCCCCAUCCCUCCUACCAUCCCCCAGCUGGGUCUGGCACUGGCAUAUGCGCUGCCCAUAGUGUCGCUGCUCAAUGGCACGCUCACCUCCCUCGCCGACACCGAGAAGGACAUGGUGGCUGUGGAGCGCGUGCUGGAGGUGAGUGAGGGGCGGGGCAGAGAUCUUUAUCCCCGCCUGCUGCUGCUGACCCGUCACUUCCCACAAACCUCCCCAUCACCAGCUGCUUGCGCCCUUGCUUGCCUACACUGGCUGAUCUCCCCCAUCCCCCGUCGCCUUUCCAUCCCCCGCCCACCUUCACACUCCCCCGCCCGCCAUCAGUACCUGGAUCUGCAGCACGAACCAGACGCCCUUGGCCUGAGCCCCAUCCCUGGUGCACAAGGGCAAGGCGGGGAGGGUGCAUGGACGGGCGCACAUGCCGGAGGAGAAGGGGGGGCGGCCGCAGGAGGAGGGGAAGUGGGGGGAUGGCCAAGGGAGGGGCGGGUGGAGUUGAGGCGUGUGAGCAUGGCGUACCGGGUGGGGCUGCCUCUUGUGCUCUCAGACGUCUCCUUUGUCAUUCCGGGCGGCUCUCAGGUGGGCAUAGCGGGUCGCACAGGGGCAGGCAAGUCGUCCCUACUGGCCGCCCUCUUCCGCCUGCGACCCCUCACCCUGGCCUCUGCCACCACCGCCACAACCAGCAGCAGCACGAGCAGUAGCAGCAGGGCCAGUGGCAUAUUCAUUGAUGGCGUCAACACUGCCCAUGUCAGCCUCUCCUGCCUGCGCACUGCCCUCGCCAUCAUUCCACAGACGCCACUCAUCUUCCACGCCCCUAUCCGAGACAAUCUGGAUCCCGAGGGAAGGCAUGCUGACGUGGCAUUGUGGGAUGCUGUGAGGAAGUGCCAUCUCGACGCAGCAGUGGGGCGGCUGGGAGGGCUGGAUGCCAUGGUGGGUGGGUCGGCAGGGGGGCUGUCACUAGGAGAGCGGCAGCUGCUGUGCCUGGCUCGAGUUAUGCUCAGAAAAUCCAAGGUGCUCUGUUUGGACGAGUGCACGGCCAACAUUGAUGCUGCCACGAGUGCACUCAUGCAUGCCACUAUAGCUCGGGAGUUCCAUGGCGUCACCACCAUCACCAUUGCGCACCGAGUCUCGUCACUACUCUCCCUCCGACGUGUCCUCAUCUUUGAGUCUGGCGCCCUUGUACGUAAACACAGUGCUAUCCUUACAAUGUUAUGUUUGUCAUCCUUUAAAUGUUGCAGUUGUUGUGGUGUGGACUGA